UCUCCAUGCUGUGCUGUAAUUACCUGUAUAAAGUUUCCUUUUAUUUUGUGGAAAUAUUCCGGAAUACUGGAUCACGGAAAAUGGUUGAAGAUUCAAGUACCAAACGUCACUCACAUUAAUCCUUAUCCCGCCAAUGCUUUAAAGAUUAAUAAUGUAACAGAUCGGCCUCCGCAUGAGCUUAUUAUCUCAAAAAUGAGUAAUAAUUGAUAGGUGUUUACCGGCCUCAAGCGAUUUUCCAUUGCUACAACAAGUAUUAUCCUUUGGAUAAGCGCCCGAGAAACGUCCUGCAGUCAAAUCGCAAAUCGAUAUUAUUCACCGAAAGGCCACAAAAUAUAUAUUCAAGCAUAAGCGAUUGCCUGCUUAACCUUAUUUGCACGCUGGCGGAUUACAUAAAAACAUAAUACUCGUUUAGAACAUUGGUAUUUUCUUAGGAAAAUGCCAAAAUUUGCCGUUUAUAGAACCCGCUGGCUGAGUUUUCGUUACCUGCGUCUCUGCAUGUGGCUUGCAUUAUCAAUUGCAAUCACGGAUCUAAGUCAUCAUCUUACUAUGGCUAAAAAACUGCCAGUACAAUUGAUCGCCAUUGGUGGACAAUUGCACACCAAUAGUUACGCGCAGUUGACGUACAGCGGCCCGCCAAUGACAGUUGCCGUCGAUGACAUAGACAUAUUGUACAAUGACACGUUAAACUUCACGUUGAAAUAUAUUUUUGACGACAUGCCAUGGACUAAAAUGAUAUCGCACGAAUUCACCGGACGAUUGGCUGCUGAAUGGUACUACCGGAAACGCGACCCAUCGGCCAUAAAUGUUAUGAUGAUACCCGCGGGAAUCAUUUUACCUGAUCUCACUGAGUUUUUCCGCCAGUGGAACAUGCUGUUUGUCACUAUCACAUCUACCACGCCACAAAUUAAUGACAGAACUGCAAAUCCAACUUGGAUUUCCGUCGCACGCACUAAUUACCCCGCUAUGACGCUACUCUUCUGCGAGAUACUGCUUAGAUUUAACUGGGUGACCUUCAUGACCAUUCUGGACUUUGGAUCCGAAGAGAUUUAUCGGGUAUACUCUGACGAAAUGAAUAAAGACUCCCUCGCUACAAUUGGACAAGGACCAAUCCUUCGAGAAAAUAUUAACGUGACUGCGGGGUACAAUUUUGAGCACUUGUUGAAAAGCAUUCGCACCCAAACUCGAGUUGUAAUUUUCUUUGGAAAUGGUCAAGCCGUGAGGAGCUUUUUGGUAGCGGCGCAAAAAGCGAAUAUGACGAAUGGAGAAUACGUCUACAUGGCGCUGGAAAUAAUGAUCAAUAAAAAAGCGUAUGGACGUAUGCACUGGAAGUACGAAGAUGAAAACGAUCAAAUUGCAUUCCAAGCGUUCCAGUCUCUUCUGCUGAUGAGACCUGCUGACAUUCAUGAAUCUCCCAGAGCUAGAAGCGACCUGGCACAACGAUUUAUGGCUCAUACAGAACGUGACUUCAGCUACACCUACAGCAUUGAAGACGAACCUUUCCCGCUGAUGCUGAGCAGCUACUAUGCAGUGAGGAUACUGGCAGAGGUCAUGAAUGAUUUGCGGUCUGAUGGUUGCGAACACCCUUAUCACGAUGGUUCGUAUUUGGCAAAACAGUUCCUAAACCGCACUUUCGAUCGUAACAUCAGCGAGAUCUACAUGGAUGCCAACGGAAGCAGGCAUAUCGAUCUAUAUAUGUGGAGGUUUGAUGAAAACGGCACGCAAAAGGCAUUUUUAUGUAAACGUGCGAUCGGCAACCCACCCUUGGUGCAGUUGUAUGAUCUGCGGUACUGGGCAGGCAACGGUACAUGGCCGCCGUUGAACGAACCAAAAUGUGGCUACAACACGGAGCCUGGUAAAAUCUGUUAUCCAAACGGGACUUCGGUUACUUCGUUAGCAGUAUCGGGGGCUUUGGUCGUCUGUGUGGUUACGGUGUGCAUAGCCAUUUGGUUUGUCAAACGAUCGAACUCCAUGGCGCUGACCGUCUGGUGGAGAAUUGAUCAGUCCAAAAUAGAGUUUCCUACGCGCUGUUCGGGUUAUGAUAGUAGGUUUACGGCACCCAAGCCUCAGGCUCAAGAUACGCAUCAUUCUUCCUUCGAUCAGGCUUGCAAGUACGUUUCCGCCAAAUUAAAAGGACUCGACGUUACGAUUGAAGAGUUGGCUGUAGCCAUGGACGGAAAUGUUAUUGACCACAUUGCAAGCACGCGAAACGUUUUGCAUUAUAUGGAAAAGUUGCGAACCUUUAACCAUCCACACGUUGCACGAUUUUACGGAAUUACCAUGCUCGGAAAUAGCAGGAGCAGCCAGAUCGGCGUUAUCACAGAUCGAGCUGGACGAGGAUGUUUGUACGACGUAUUCAAGGGACUAAUUAGCCUUGACAUGACAUUAAUUAGUUCAUUAGUCAACGAUUUUCUUCAGGGUGUAAUGUGCAUACACUCAACAUCUCUGGAAUAUCAUGGCUGCUUGUGCGGCUAUCAUUGCCACGUUGACAAGCAUUUCACGUUAAAAAUCAGCGGACUGAUUAACUCCAGGCUGCAGAAUAGUAUAUGCAGCUUUCAGGAAAGCUACAUCCAUACAGGCUUUUGUCGACACUUGUGGAAGAAGGAAGAAGUUUCUUCUAUCGAAUGGAACCAGAAAGGCGAUGUGUACGCAACCUGCGUGGUGCUGUGGGAAUUGCUGACAACGCAAAAAUUUACAUGCAUUGAUGAUUGUAACCAAUCUUGCCCUGAAUUUCUCCAUGGAUCUCUCCAUAUUUUUAACAUUUGUUGGCAAGACAGCGUAAUGUCCCGACCAUCGAUCAAACAGUUGAGAGGAAAGUUAGCAGAAACAUCGGAAAUAUUUUCAACACCCAAUGGUAGUGCGAAUUUUAUCGAUAAAGUUCAGAACCGGCUAAGUGAUUAUACACGCGAACUGGAGUACGAGGUCAAUUUGCGUACGAAAAAUUUAAUGGAAGAAAUGGCUAAAUGCAAUGAGUUGGUGGCGCAACUGUUUCCCCGAUGGGUUGCUAGUAUGAUACGAGCCGGUAAUACAGUGCCGGCGGAGCAUUUUGAAUGCGUAUCGGUUAUGUUUACGCAGUUGUGCGGCUUCUCGCAACUAAUGCAGAAGAGUUCACCAAAAGUACUGAUGGACAUGAUUGAUCAGGUCGAAAGCCACAUGGACCGGGUGAUCAGUCUCUUUUCUGAUGACAUUUACAAGGUUGAGGUCGUUGAAGAUUGCUAUCUGAUGGCCAGUGGAUUGGUAGUUGAAAACGGCAAUCGCCAUGUACAGGUCACGGCCGACCUGGCAGUAAUGAUUUUGCAAACCGCACCAACACUCUGUGCUCAGCCGAAUCUACAGUGGCUACAGUUGAAAUCGGGAAUUCAUUCCGGUCCUUGCGCUGCCGGGGUUGUCGGGUUCCGUCGUCUACGAUACUGCCUAUUUGGUGACACGGUAAAUACUGCGUCCAGAAUGUGCACUCCUGGAACGCCGAAUCGCACCCAGGUCAGCCACUUCACUGCAGCUCUGCUCCAGGAAACUAGCCGGUUCGAUAUUGAAUAUCGAGGAAUCACUUCUGUCAAGGGCAAAGAGCACAUGAAAACCUAUUGGCUGAAUGGUUUCUUUGUAAAAGCGUAAAAACAAUCAGAGGAAGGAUGCCCAUGUAGUACUGUUAACAUUGGUUACCUAUGAGCUUCCUUUUCACGGAAGGAUAAAACAAGAGUUUGUCGAAGCCCAUAUUCGUCUGAGCUUUGGCAGCGCAGAGACGAGCCGAACCCAUAACCCUGAAAUCCGUUAGUUAUUUAGUGCUUAAUGUGAACGCAUUCUGUUUGACGUAAAUGUAGACAAAAUGCUUCUUGAAGUAUGGUCGAAUAAGUACAGGACAAAAAUAUUAUUAUCCGUUCUUUUUUUUUAAUUUUUUUAAGUGAAUCGCACUGAUGUUAGGUUUGCAAAUACGGUAACUGAAUGUCACUACUCUGUAUACUGGAUGCGUUCGCUAUUGCAUGCAUGUCCUUUUAUUAAUAACAAGUAGAAAUCACAUUUUCACACCGCACUGU